CAGGGGUUAGCAUCCCCUCAGGGUGCCAUGACUCCUGGAAUUCCAAUUUUUAGCCCAAUGAUGCCCUAUGGCACUGGAUUGACACCACAGCCGGUCCAAAGCAGCAACAGUCUAUCUAUUCUGGAGGAGCAGCAGAGGCAGCAGCAGCAAGCAGCACAACAGUCCACAUCACAGCAAGCAACACAGGGAACAUCCAGUCAAACGCCGCAGCUCUUCCAUUCACAGACUCUUACUACAGCUCCUUUACCAGGAACCACGCCACUCUAUCCCUCUCCAAUGACUCCUAUGACCCCAAUAACGCCUGCAACACCUGCAUCUGAGAGCUCCGGGAUUGUGCCACAGCUGCAGUGAGUGUACUUGGUAUAUUUUUAUUAUACAAUCUCUCCCACCCAUACAGGGAGCCUUUUAAAGAUUUAGUGACUUAAAUGAUUUAAAACUUCUGUUAAUGUGGCAGUUCAGUAGUAGAAGUGGGACUUCUUGCUGAUCUUUGUAAGCCAUAGAUCUAAUAUGCACUCUGUUGGGCUGUUUAAUGU